AUGCUAAGCAAGCAGUAGAGCGAUUUUAAAAGGGAUAUUAAUAAUAAAUCAGAGCUUAAACUGCCAAGAUUACUAAAUAACAAUAGCUCUGAUUUAAUAUCUAAUAGAAACACUAACAAUGGAGAUACUACUAAAAUAUAAUUUAGCAUGAAUGCUUCUAUACUAAAUGGGUCUAUGUCGACAAAUAAUACUUCUAAAUUUAGAAGAGCAAAAUAUUUUUUAGAUAAUUCGAUUAUAUCUGAGUAAACUGGUUAAGAUAUCGCUUAAAAAAUGGAAUACAUAAAUCUUCAUGAGCAAAAGAAAAUUAUGCAACCUGAAUUAGAAACAGAUUUUGAUUUAGCUAAUUUUCUUCUAAGCAAAAAUGAAAAAGACAACAAAAAUUUACCAUAACAUUAUAUGCUACAAGAUGAUCUGAAAACAUAUUUUAACGUUGAAAAAAAACCUGUUUAUGCUAAGAUAAGCACAGUAGGUAAAACCUUCCCUUUGAAAGUGAAAGUAACAGCUACUGAGGGAACAUAUGACUUUCAUUUUUCGUUCUUUGAACCAUUUCCUGACAAAGAGAAGCAAUCAGAAGAAUUCCCUUAAAGAAAAGAGCAUCUUUAUAAAUUUUUAAAACCAAAAUAAUUUUCAUAAUGGGCAUAUUUUUGUUUGACAUCAAAAGAUUCAGCUAAAAUAGAGUUGAAAGUGUGGUUUACAAACCAGAAACUUGAGAAAUUCAGAUCAUAAUUUAAGUCAACUUCUAAUAAGAUUGCUAAUAAUUAAUCAUUAUCACUGAAAGAAAAACUUAAAAUAGAACUGAGUGAAUAAGAAAAGAAAGCUCUUUACUUAGAAGUUAUGUAAAUAAAGCAAAAGAAAUUCUAGAAAUUAAAAAUGCAAGACCAGCAAAUCAUCGACAGAAAUAAAGAGCUAGCUGCAAAUUAUCAUUUAUUGCAGAAAAAGAAAGAAUUUGACCACAUUCUUCACAAAUAAAGGUGUGAGGAAGUUAUUCGUAGAAGUAUCUCUUAAUAGUUACUAAAUUACUAAGAAAAGUACUAAAAAUAUUUUUCAAAAGUGAUAAAUCAUAGGAUUAAUCUCGAAAAAGUUGCAAGAAAAAAAUUCUAACAAGAAGUGAAUACCUUAGCAUUUAAUUGGAUACCGUUUAUUAAACUUGCUAUCAUUUGUGACAAAUUAUAAGAAAAAAUAUAUGUUAGUAAACUUGCUAGUAUUUUUAAAGGAAGAAGAGUAAGAGCCUUUGAAGAGCUAGUUAGAACAUUUAAAGGGAAAAAGUUUGAAAUAAAACCUUACAUGAACGAUAAAUAGAGACUCAUGUCUGACAUAUUAUUAUCUAUGAAUGUAAAAGCCAAGUAAAUUAAAAAAAUAAAAAAGAAAAUGGCUGCAAAAGUACUUAUCUACUUCGUACAUAACUAAAAGCAAAAUAGUGUUCUCAACACAAUAGUUGCUUUAUCCAAAAAAAUGUUGCAUUAAGUUCAGUUAAUUCAAAAAAAGCGCCGCUAAACUGUAAACUUACAUUAGUUUAUUACAAUGAAAAUGCUAGAUGGAUUAUUUGAGCAACUUAAGGAUGAAGAUUUUAAGAAGAAAUAAUUAGCUACAUCUGCAACUUAGACAACUGAUUUAUCAUAUUACAUAAAUUUUAUUAAAAAAAAAGACAAACAAAUUUUAGUUAAAGAAUUCUUGAAGAUUGUAAAGGAAAAAUUUAAGCAUUAUUUAUCACUAAGCACGGGAAAGAGACCCCCUAUUACAGAAGAAGACUUAAAAUUUAUGGAAAUAGAAGCAAAAACCAUGAAGAAAGAUGUUGCAGAUAUGUUAGAUAUUAGGGUAGUCAACAGGAAAGAGAUAGUUUAUGAAGCUGUAGAAAUUAUGGAUGAAGUUAAGAAAAAAGAAGAAUUAGAAAAAAAGUAAUAAGAAGCCGAUGAUGCUGAGAUGAAUGAAUAAAUUGAUCAUGAUUAAAAAAAUAGUUUAACUUAGAAAUACAGUCAGUUUGAUACUAAAUAUAAAUUAGAUAACAGAGACUGGAACCUACUCGAAAUAGUAAGGAACACAUAAGCUAAAAUAAGAAUUAUAUAAAGUAGACAUAUCCUUAGAGAUCUACUUAUUUAAAGACUAACAGAAAUUAAAGCUGAAAAAGAUGAAGGCUUAAAUCAAAUUUAUUUAACUUAAAAUAAUUAAUGA